AUGUGUUGCCAGUAUUUAAAGAAAUAUCGGGAUUUCAUAGGAGCUUAUGAGAAUCUUUAUCACAUAAAAGCAGAUCAAUUUGUUGAAGAAAUUUCCAACCUUGUAGAAACUGUUUUAAUCUGCAAGUACAAAGUACCAAUCCACUUGUUAUUCAUGAGUAUAUUCAACGCUAUUAAGUACAAUUAUCGAUCAAUUGUUACAUAUGUCAAUAUGCUUAACAUCAUAUUGAACAAACAUUCAUUCAAAUAUAAAGAUCUAUUACAAUAUAAAACUUUAUAUGUCUGUGGAGAUUUGUGUUCUGAUGAAAUACAUGAGUGUUUACAAGUUUCGAGAAAAUCAAAUACAAUUAAUCAAAUCGAAUUUGAUACAAAUACAUUUCCGAAAGAAGAUGAAAUUCAGUAUGUUUUAAUGAAUGAUCAAGUUGACAAGUUCAGAGAAUAUGUUACACAACAUCCAUUAGAAAGUAUUUCAAUAAGAAUCCCUUGUUUUGUAAGGAUGGAUCCUAUUGAAGCAUGUUGUUAUUUUGGAUCUGUCAACAUUUUCUUUUUCAUCAUUUCAAAUUAUGAAAUCAAAAUAUCGGAUCAAUGUUAUCAAUAUUCAUUCAUUGGAGGAAAUAUUGACAUCAUUAAUGAAAUCACGAAAAACAACAAAAUCGAUGAAAAGUGUUUUAGCAAUAUUGUCGCAUCCCAUAAUAAUCAAUGUCUCGAUUAUGUAUUCGAAAGAGAUCUUUUUGAUCCAGAGUUUAUUAAUGGUGAUUUAAUUAUCAAGUCACAAAACUUGAAAAUCGUUUUCAUGUUGCUCGAAAAACACAAAGAUUUAAUUAUUCCAUGGUGUGCAGCAUUCCCACAGACCAUCGAUAUUCUGAUGAAUGAGAAUAUUGAUAUUUCGAAAAUAUCAUUAAUAGGAUGCACGGCUAUUCAUUAUGCAUCAGUCGGAAAUUGUAAAGAAAUUGCAGAAUUUCUUAUUUCACACGGUGUUGAUAUCAAUGUAAAAAAUGAUUAUAAUGAGACGGCUCUUCAUUAUUCACCAUAUAAAGAAACAACUGAAGUUCUAAUUUCACAUGGUAUUGAUAUCAAUUGGAAGCAGAAACAUGGAUACACGGCUCUUCAUUUAGCAGCCAAUAUCAAUAGCGAAGAAGUAGUUGAACUUCUUCUAUCACAUGGUGCUGACGUCAAUGCAAAAGAUAAAGAGGGAGAAACACCUCUUCAUCAUGCAGCAAAAAAUAAUUGUAAAGAAACGGCUGAGUUCCUAAUAUCGCAUGGUGCUGAUGUCAAUGCAAAAGAUAAAAAUAAUAAAACGCCUCUUCAUAAGACAACUACAAAUAAUUGUAAAGAAACAGCUGAAAUUCUUAUUUCACAUGGUGUUGAUGUCAAUUCAAAAGAUAAAGAAGAAAAAACGCCUCUUCAUCAUGCAGCAAAAAAUAAUUCUAUUGAAACAGCCGAAUAUCUUAUUUCACAUGGUGCUGAUGUCAAUGCAAAGGAUAAAGAUGGUAAUCCGCCUAUUUAUUGGGCAAUCAUGAAAACUAAUAAAGAUAUUAUACGACUUCUAAUAGAACAUGGUGCUGAUAUUAAGCUAAAGAAUAAGCAUGGAAGAAAUAUACUUCAUUGGGCAACAGAAGUAUGGGAUCCGAUAUGCAUUGUCCUACCUUGUGAUCAACCUAAUAUAGGUACUUUUCGCCUUGCAAAAGAUAAAAGCAUUAAAGAAGUUUUAGAGAUUCUCAUAUUAUGUGGCAUCGAUAUCAAUUCAAAAGAUAAAUAUGGUAAUACUCCCCUUCAUUUGGCAGCAUAUGGAAAACUUAAAAUUACUGUUGAAUUUUUAAUAGCAAAUGGUGCUAAUGUUAAUGCAAGAAAUAAUGUUGAAAAAACUCCUCUUCAUCUUGCAACAAAAGGCAAUGGUAAAAAAGUGGCAGAAAUGCUUCUUUGCCAUGGUGCAGAUAUUAAUGCCAAAGAUGCAAAAGGGAAUACAUCUCUUUGUCUUAAUGCACAUUCAUUUCAUCAAAAAAUCACAAACAUUCUAAUAUCUCAUGGGGCAGACAUCAAUUCAAAAAAUAAUGAUGGCUGGACUGCAUUACAUAUUGCAAUAAAGGAAGAUCAAACAGAAAUAUCGAAAAUUCUUAUAUCACAUGGUGCAGAUGUUAAUGUGAAGGAAAAUAAAGGAAAUACUCCUCUUCAUUUUGCUGCCAAACAUUAUAGACAAUCUGUAAUAGAACUUCUUUUAUCAAAUGGUGCUGAUAUUAAUCCUAAGAAUAAAGAUGGAAAAACACCUCUUCAUUAUGCAGUUAAAACAUGUUAUAAAAAAUAG